ACGGCUGGACACAGCUCAACAUGCAGCAAAUUCGCAUGGCUGAUGCUGUCAAGUAUGAGAUCAGUGUAAAGAACACCUUUCUCGAGUUCCAUGAAGUACAGGAGGAGCCCCUCUCGAUGCGCAAGAGUCAGUCCUGCGGCUCCAUCAAACUGGGUUCAGGACUCUCGAACGUCCCAAGUACGGUCGAGGAUUGCCAGGCAUCGGAAGAAGGGCACCUCCCCCUCGUGGGCCAAGAUGCGGAGAUUUGCAACGUCAAAGAGUGCAAGCCUUGCGUCUACUUCAUGAGUCAGCAUGGAUGCGAUCGUUCGCCUUGUGGCUUCUGCCAUUUGCAGCAUGCUAGCUCCAAGACGCGGCGACCGCGCAAGAAGCAAAGGGACAGCUUCAAAGCAUGAUCCGCAGCGCCUUUCAAUUGGAGGAGUCACAGCGACGUCUGGUACUCCAAGCCAUGGCAUCCCAGGAGAAAUACGUGCGUUCGGUGAUCAUUGGGCAUUUGGAUGACAUGGAUGAGGCGAUUGAAGACUGAUGGACGUGUCACAUGUCCCUGAGUGAUGGGAAACUCCAGUGGGUUUGACUGAUAAUAAACUUCCCCGACGUUUCGGUUUGCUCCAACCCAUGAUACUCGAAUGUGAAUCAUAG